AUGAUUAAUUUCUCGGAGGAAGUGAGAACUGUCAAUCAAUUUCAUUACACAGCUUGGCCAGACCAUGGCACGCCUGGUGCAAUUGAACUGAAUCAGUUCCACAGAACUGUGACAAAGAGUUGUCAACCAGGUCAACCGUUAUUAGUUCACUGUAGUGCCGGAGUGGGGAGAACUGGGACAUACAUCGGUCUGAAUGUGUUACUUCAAAAAGGGAGAGAGAAGGGGCGGAUCAACGUUUUUGAGUUCGUGAAACAAAUGCGAGAGGAUCGUAUGACCAUGGUUCAAACAGUUGAGCAGUAUGUCUUCCUACAUAAGGCACUACUCUGUGGAUUUCAAGAAAGGGGGGUCAUACUAUCUGAACGUGACCUUCAAGCAAAAGUACUCACUUUGCUGAAUGAUACUUCACCUUUCAAUCAACAAACUUUAACAAAUGAGUUUCAAAUUGUGUCUGCUUUCAAAGCCGUUGACGAGGAUGGAUCAAAGGAAAAUGCAAAUAAACUUGAGAAUAGAUCUAAAAAUGUGGAUAUGGACAUUUUACCAGUAUCAAAAUACCGACCCUACCUUACAACUUAUGUUAAAGGAAGAAAUGAUUAUAUAAAUGCAGUCAUAGCUCCGACAUUUACAAACCAAAAUGGAUUUAUUAUGACACAAAAACCUUUACUGGAUACAGAGGUCGAUCUGUGGCGAUUGUGUAUGGACCAUGGAGUAACAGCAAUAGUUGUUCUAAAUGACUCUGACGAAGAAAAUAACUGGCUGCCCAACAGAGGAGAAACGCGACACUGUCAGCCCUUUACCGUAACGGCAAAAAAUACCGGAAGUGACAUCAACGGUGUUCUCCAAGAUAGUCUGCUGAUUUCAAAGAACAAUCAAAAAGCACAUGUCGACAUCUACCAAACACCAUCUGGCAAUGACGAGGCUUUAGUGAAAUGCGCAAAAAUGCUACUUCAGAAAGAUAAUGCAUCAACUUCAAGUUCUCUUGUCGUUAGCAAGAACGGGGCUGGUCCAGCCGGCAUAUUCUGUAUUUUACAUAACGCCAUUCAACAGCUUUCUAUCGAUGGAGAGGUAGAUAUAUUAACAAGAGUCCGACAGAUACAGACUAGGAGACCAGAAGUCAUCACAACGCUUGAAGAGUACCGGAAGUGUUACCAUUUGGUUUCCCGCUCUGUUUCCUCAGAGGAAAUAUAUGUAAAUUUCUGAAACCAUCGAUGACACACUUAUGUACUCACAUCAUUAAUUUCGUGUUUGAUGUGUUUUUCAUUUGUUAGCAUUUAGUAUACAAUAUUAAUCUUUUUAUUUCGAUCAUCUGAGGUUAAAACUGAAGAAUAAUGUUUACAUACUCAUAAUUUAUUGUUUUAAAUGCAUGAAUGCUCAGAAUUGAUAGUGUCAGUGUACGUUUGUAAAGGACAAUCUACAAUUAAUCUGCGAUGUUGAGGUUGAAUCACAAGAUGAAGAAAGGUUUGAUCAACAACCUAUAGUUAGGAGAUACAACCUGCGGCAAAAGGAGAGAUAUUUGUUUUAUGUUUCCUGAGUGGCUGAUAUGUUUGGAGUAAGACAUUAAUGAGGGCUUUUAUCUAAAUAAAAUUUCAUUUCUAUUCAUUUCUGUAUGAUGGAAAUUUCACUAAAUUGACAAAUCAUAAAAAUAAUUCGCAGCAUUA